GCUGAACCGGAACCAAUCAUAUCUUACUCUUCUUGGUUCUCACCUUCUCCUGAUCGUCUGCUGCACGAGCAAUGCGGUGCAGUGCGCCUCUCUCCCUCUCUCGCACUCUAUCUCCCUCUCCGGUUCCCUCCUCCUUCGCUUCUCGCGUUUCACGGAGGCUGCCGCUUGGGUUUCCCGGCAGGGCUGCUGCUGCGGCGGUGUCUAACUGGAAAUGCAUCCGCCGCGCCUGUUUCUGCUCCGCUGCGCCGUCUCCGUCUCCGGUGCCGUCGGGAGAGUGUGAUCCGCCGGCCGAGACCGAAGACUACGUUGUGGUCAAUUUCUACCGUUUUGUGUUCGUUCAAGACCCACAGGAGCUGCUUGCUCAACACAUCUCGUUCAUGGAGGGUCGUGAUAUUCAUGGGCGGAUAUAUCUCAACGAGCAAGGGAUUAAUGCUCAGUACAGUGGCCCGAAGAAAGAUGCCCUGGCUUAUGUUGAUUUUGUAAAGGAAGACCAAAGGUUCUCCGACAUAUUGGUCCAGACAUCUCCAAGUUUAUAUGGCUGCCAUGUCUUCCCAAGGUUGAAGUUGCGGUAUAAGCCCUCUCUUGUUCAGGUUGUGGGAAAAAUCUCACAUCUUUCUUUGCUUGACUCGGCAAAACGUGCAACACCUUUGACACCAUCCCAGUGGAGGAUCCAAUUGGAGGCAAUAAAUAAUGUCAAUAAUUUGUCAAAUGUGGAUAUCAACAGAAACUGUAUUAUACUUGACGUAAGAAAUGGCUAUGAAUGGGACAUUGGUCACUUUCAAGGAGCUCAGAGACCUAAUGUUGACUGUUUCAAGAGCACUUCAUUUGGGCUUUCCGAGUCAGAGGUCCUUGCUUCUGAUCCUUUAGCAGGUGUUGAUAAAGAUAAAACUGAUAUAUUGAUGUACUGCACUGGAGGCAUUCGCUGUGACAUGUACUCCACACUCCUGAGGAUCCAAGCAAACCCAAUAUGCCCUGACAAAUGUUCAUGUCUUCAUGUGUUUGUGAAAGGGAAAAGGGGUUUGAACGGUUAUAUACCCUAAAGGGUGGGGUCUCCCAUUACCUCCAAGCGGAAGGCUCUUCCGGAUGGAUUGGAAAUCUUUUUGUAUUUGAUUCGCGCCUAUCUCUACCACCAUCAAGCUACAACCCUGAAGCAGAAUCACAACUGGAUGGAGUGGAAGAAGUCAAAUCACAGCAUGAGGCAUUUGCAAGGUGUUACGUUUGUGGUUCACACAUUACGGAACUGAGGCACCGUAAUUGUGCAAAUAUAGACUGCAACCAUCUUUUCCUAUGUUGCAGAGAAUGCUCGGCCAAUCUACGGGGAAGUUGCUGCUUAAACUGCACAACUGCUCCCCGACUCAGACCUUUGUUACCAAUGAAGGGGCACCAAAAGUAUGAGAAGUGGCAUCACUAUCGAGAUCUUAUUCAAGCGCAACGCAGAUCAUGAAGUAUUCUUCUUAGGGCUGUUUUCGUUCACCUUAUUGUGUUAGUAUCACUAGUACUAGUUUAAACCCCCGUGCUUGCUUUCAUUACGUGUUUCGUUCCAUUUUAAAAGUUGGUCGAAAGAGCGGGAUGGCCCUUUGGGCUCGAAAACAAAAUCUAGAAUUAUGU